AUGUCACAAUAUCCAACUGGAGGAUAUCCACCACAGCAAGGAUACCCACCAUCGCCGCCACAGAACCCGCAACAGCAUGGUGGAUACAUGCAAGGGCUCCAAGAAACAUCACAGCCUCAAGUUUAUCCUCCAAAUAUUCAACCCUCAAAUUACCCUCCUAAUAUACAACCUCCAAAUAUACAACCUCCAAAUAUACAAAACCCAACUUAUCCUGACCCUGCUACACAACCUUUAUUG